AUGACGCAAAACAGAGGCUUUGGUGCGUCCUACCAACCUCCUGACGCUGCCGAAGAGAGACCACGACUUGCACACCAAAACUCCCGCUUGUCCGACGUCAGCGACUUUGACAGUCGUUCUUACGACGGGUCGUCCGCUACAAUUCGUGGGAGGGAUUCCCUGGUCUCGCUCCAGUCCUACUCUAAUCACACCUCGCCGUCACCGCACGAAUUAGACCAACUUCAUCGACGACCCUCGACGACUUCCUCGUGGACCGCAUCCCUUUCGUACACUGGUGCUGCUGGGUAUGCGUCUUUGCCUCCAUGUUCCGGCACUGGUUCUAGAACAUCUUCUCACUUAAGCCGGAAUGUCGCCCGCGCAAUUUCGCGACGCGGGCACGAUACCAUACCCGAGGAAGAACAUGACCUCUCCCUCCUGCGCUCCGCCGCACCCAUAGGCCAUUCGUCGCCGUACGAGUCGGUACCGGACAAUGAACCCAUUUUCGAUGUAACUGCUGCGCUUGGCCCGAUGGGCUUUCAAGACGACGCAUUCCUCAAAAGAUUGCAGGAGCAGGAGGCGCGCGGUCAUCUCACCGGCGGUCUCGGAGCGGGGUUCAGGCCAGAUACCACCAUCACGGGCGAGGAUCUGCUUUCGUCGUCGCCUUUGCCCAAGAGGUCCUCCCUCACGCGAUCUUUCACUCGUCGCCAGAAGCUAGGCCGAGCAGCCACGAUCAAGGACCGCGGUCAGGAUGAGGCCAAUAAAAGAGGAAAGGUCAUUGAGGUGAUCAUCGACGACACCCCGGAGGAGGCCACUCGGCGGCAUGUAGAUCAGGUAGAUCUCAGCGUCGUCGCGGGACCGAGCAUCAUGGGCGACGAUGCUAGUAUGCGGCAUGCUACAUUUCCCGUUAACAGGAGCCCAAAGACGCAGAUUUUUUACCCGCAACCAAAUUGGAAGCCCUUCUCGAUGAGGUGGCCGUAUCUUACCGCCUUAAUCACUCUGUCGAUUGCAUUAGCCGUCAUGGUCGAGUUCCUCUAUCAGAGAUCCCAGACUCAUCCCCUGGUCAAGUUCCGAAAGCCUGCCGAUAUUCCGGGGCUCGAGUACUUCGCCGUCAAGUUCCUGCCGACGAUCCUCUCCGUCACGUAUGGCGUGUUGUGGCAAGUCACCGACUUUGAAGUAAAACGUCUCGAGGCGUAUUAUCAGCUCUCCAAAGAGGGUGGCGCACUUGCAGCCGAGUCCAUCAACGUUGACUAUGUCACCAGCCUGAGCUGGGUGCGACCCAUCCGAGCUUUCAAGCUGCGGCACUUUGCAGUCGCCGUGUCUUCUAUCGCGACCUCCCUGGCUGUGUCUCUGGUGCCCACCUUUGGCGCUGCGUCCUUUGUUUUAUAUCCCGACAGGCUCGUACGACUUGCGGACUCUGAUGGCGAAAAGGAAAUCAAACUCAGUGCAGUUUGGUCGAGGCUGCUGUCCUCCACUCUCUGUGUCUGCGCACUUUGUGGCUGCGUUCUCUUAUUUAUCCUCCAGAGGAGAAGAUCUGGCCUGUUGGCUGAUGUAAAAGGCAUUGCAGGUCUUGCGUCCAUGGCGGUCGUCAGCCACAUCCUCGUCGACUUUGCGGACCUGGACGUCGUAAGCCACCGCGAUAUUCACGACAAGUUGAAGCACCGCCGUUACGUACUGCGUAACGCGUCGCUGGCCCCCGACGACGAGAAUCCCGUGUCAUCGCAGGAUACCGACAAGUACCGCGACGACCACCUGUCGCUGAACCCUCAUCCACGGUCCUUGCGCCUCGGUGGCUUCCUCACGUUCGUCAUCGGCAUCGCCCUGUUCACGGGCUUCAUCCCGGUCUUCUUGUUCUCCAGCGCCAGCAUCAUCACGUCAAAUGCGCCAUGGGUGGUGACCGCCUUGGCCGUUUGCAUCAAGCUGGGUUGGGGAGGCCUGGAGACUGACAUGCGCAUGAUGGAACCGUAUUAUAUCCUGUCAAAAAGGCACUCUUCGUUCAAGACGCUCACACUGGACUACACGGCGAUGCCGUUCGCCUUGAUGCCGUUCCAUGCCUUUCUCAACGGCCACACGCUCAUGUUCCUGGUAGGGUUCGGCAGCAUGAUUGCCGAGGUCUUGACGGUAUUGCUGACCAGCCUAGCCACGGUCGUGGGAACCGAGUUUCUCGAUGUCGCCUACGCGCCGCCGGACCAAAAACCUGCCGACCCGGACCUCGGAGGCAUCAACGCCGGGCAAGAAACAGUCUCGUCCUUUUGGAUCUCGUACGGCCUGGCGACGUUUAUACUCGUGUACAUGGGCACGGUCGCGACGAUUGUGUUCCUCCGGCGUCGACAUCCAUUCCUGCCCCGGCAGCCCAACACCAUCUCGUCGCACCUCGCCUUCAUCCACCAGAGCAAGAUGAUUUACGACUUUGUCAACACGGCGAGGAUGAGCAACGCCGAGAUGACACGGUACCUCGAGGGUCUCGGCAAGACGUACGGGUUGGGCUGGUUCGAGGGCCGCGACGGUAAGACGCACUGCGGCGUCGACGAGGAGGAGCUGCUUGGCUAUUAUAAGCACGGCAUGGACUUUCAGGGAACGAAUAAGCCGUGGAACCAACAGUGGGAUUCGUAUGAUUAA